GAACAUGCUUCAAUUCCCAGUAAACUUGAAGAGGAAAGUGAAGAUCCCGAGGCAAUUUGUCGCUAAUUCAUAAUCUACUAAGACGGCCACCCGUAUAUACUACAUGGAAACUCACAUACACUCGGUUCAUAUGUGUUAAAUUAAUUUAUAAUUCUAGUUACUGCUAGAAGUCUACCAUGUAUAAUCUCGCGAUGCUGCUAACGCAGAUUAGCCUGGUGGCGGCAAAGCCAGUGGCACAAGCAAUUGUUAACACAGCGAAUUCCGCAAACGCCAUUGAGCCCUUUGAUGGCUUCAUAAGCUACUCCAUCGAGUUUGCCUCCUUUCCAGAUUUCGCUGGUAAUAAGUCAAAUCCCAACGAUUUCUCAAACAACUUACUUGACAACCUCGGCGCCUUCAGUGGAAUAAAGCCGUAUAUACGCGUCGGGGGAAACACCCAAGACUACGCCAUAUUCAAUUCCGAGCUGACAAUUGCGCUCAAUGGUACCUACAACCUUUCAAGAUCUGCGGAUUAUCCGACAACUAUUGAAAUCGGACCUUCAUAUUUUGAAUCGUACGAAACUUGGCCCGACGUGAAAUUCUCACACGGCUUCAAUUUGGGCGGGAAUCACGACAACAGAAAGCUAGCAACGCUCCUAGCGACCGUCCCUUUAGCUUGUAAAGCAAUAGGAAAGGAUAAACUGUACCUAUGGGAAUACGGCAAUGAACCCGACCUUUUCGCCACAAGCUCCCAAGGCCCCGUCCGACCAUCCAAUUACAAUGAAUCGGACUACGUAGCAGAAUGGCUUGAAGGAACCCGAGCCAUCAAACGAGUGCUCAAGGAUGCCUGUCCAGAUCUUGUCAGCAACGAUACAUACGGAUACUUAGCACCCUCAUUUGCCGGCACUAGCAACCACCUCAAAGCCCCUCUCACAUGGGCCGACGGCCUCGACGAGGACGGUGAUAUCAAGCUCUUCUCCUCUCACAACUACAUAUCCGGCGCCGAAACCCCGGGCGUAACCCUCUCCAACACACUCCUAAACCACACCCGCACAGUCCAAAGCAUGUCCCAACACAUCGCCGAAAAUGCCUCCGUGCACCCCGGCAUCCCCUACAUCCUAGGCGAAACCAACUCCCUAUACAACCAAGGCCGACCCGGCCUAUCCAAUUCCUUCGGCGCCGCGCUAUGGACCAUCGAUUUCGCAUUAUACUCCGCCUCCGUCGGGAUCCGCCGCGUGCAUUACCACAUGGGCACCGAUUACCGGUACGCUUCCUGGCAACCCAUAGAGACGAACAAAACGACGGUAGGCACCAAGGCCCCGUAUUACGGGAACGUGGCUGCGGCCGCUUUUAUCGGGGAGAAGGGGACUCGUGUUAGUGAAGUCGCGCUGCAGGGCGAGGGGGAUAGGUUGGAUGGGAGUACGGAUGUUGCGUAUGCGGCUUAUGGGGCGGAUGGGGGGUUGGUUAGGUUGUUGGUUGUUAAUCUGCGUGAAUAUAAUUACACGCUUAACGGCACCGGGGGUUCGGAUUUAAAUCCAGAGCCGAGACCUACGCGGACUUAUCAGCUUUCUUUACCUACUUCAUCAAAUCUUGGGUUAGAAGAGGCGACGGUGAGACGGUUGUAUGCGAAUGGCAGUGAUGCGGUUACGGGUAUCACGUGGGAUGGUUGGAGUUAUAAUUAUGAACUUGAUCAUGGUCGACCGGUGCGCUUGGAGAAUGUUACGGUGGGUGAGACGGCGAAGGUUGUGGGUGGUACGGUUGAAGUUGGUGUUCCGGAUUCGCAGGCUGUGAUUUUGGAUUUUGGGACGGAGUAGAGGAGAAAUGAAAUGUGUAGCUAUUUCCUUCUAGAUAAUUCGAGAGGCGAUAAAUAUACUAGACGCACUUUCAUCUACCCAGUACAUUUGUGUGUUAAAGAGACGUAUAUACAUGGAAAUGAUAUGUGCGAAUAGGCACUAGAUAGG